UUGAAACCCUAGGAUACUCGCUCCCCUUUGUUGCCGUCCAUCCUAUAUUCUUCGUUUUUCUCGUGCAUAUAUAAAUUCGCUUCUUUCCUCAACCCAUUCCGUCGCACGUCUCUGAGCCUUUUUACUUUUCCGUCAUCACCCUCUCCUCUUUGCACUCUUUCUCCCUACAGAGCCAUGUCUGACGAGGAGCACCACUUCGAGUCGAAGGCCGACGCCGGAGCUUCCAAGACUUAUCCUCAGCAGGCUGGAACCAUCCGCAAGAAUGGUUACAUUGUCAUCAAGGGCAGGCCUUGCAAGGUUGUUGAAGUUUCAACCUCUAAGACUGGAAAGCACGGACAUGCUAAAUGUCACUUUGUUGCCAUUGACAUUUUCACCUCUAAAAAGCUUGAAGAUAUCGUUCCUUCUUCUCACAACUGUGAUGUUCCCCAUGUCAGUCGCACUGAUUAUCAGCUCAUUGAUAUCUCUGAGGAUGGAUUUAUUAGCCUGCUGACGGACAGUGGUAACACCAAGGAUGACCUGAGGCUUCCAAACGAUGAGAGUCUGAUGACCCAGAUAAAGGAUGGAUUUGCUGAGGGGAAGGAUCUGAUUGUGACUGUCAUGUCUUCAAUGGGAGAGGAGCAAAUCUGCGCUCUCAAGGACAUCGGCCCAAAAUAGUUUCCUCUGGGAAAACAAACUCAAAAAGAUUUUAGAACGAUAUCCAGGUCGUAAUCCUGUUUGACAUGUUUUGAGAAAGCUUGGUUCGAUGCUGCUCCUCGAUUAGUUGUUUCUUUUACUCUGGAGUCUCUACAAUUAAGAUUUAUUUUUGUCCUGCCUAUUGCUGUUUGAAUUAAGAGUUGAUUCCUGGCUAGUCGUCCGUCAUCAAAUUAUGUAAACUUCAUAGUUGCUAUGGUUGCUUAAGAGUCGUAGGAUAGAAUCAUUCUAAUAUUUAUUCACCGAUAGGGAUUUCUUCCUUAGUUAUAUACUUCUAUUGCUUAUCAUAUUGUGCAACUCUCUUUCUUAUGAAUCUUGGCUUUAUAUGUU